GCUGUGAAUACCAUGUAGCUUGUUGUGAAUACCAUGUGGGGUUGUUGUGAAUACCAUGUAGCUUGUUGUGAAUACCAUGUGGGGUUGCUGUGAAUACCAUGUAGCUUGUUGUGAAUACCAUGUGGGGUUGUUGUGAAUACCAUGUAGCUUGUUGUGAAUACCAUGUGGGGUUGCUAGCUCAGUAAAUGCGUUUAGCCCCUGAUCAGUGCAUGAGAGGAGAAGAGACCAGUGAAGAAAGCCAACUAGCUAACGUUACUAGAAAUGAGAUGCACCCAGUCAUGGUGGUCCUGGCACUAAGUAUCCAGGCAGGUUGUUUGUGCUGUUUAACGGCCGUUCUCUGCCACAACGUUACAUUAUGACAUUACAGACCGACUUUGAGCGGUUUCCGGGGCGCUGUGCGUGUAACUAACGUCAGUCAUAGCACGUCAGCUUACUGGCGAGAUACAUCUCAUUCUUUGCAGGUCAGGGGUGUCCGGAUAGCCUUUCCCCUGAAUUUGAGAUGUUAUUUUUGGUUUCGUGUUUUUAGACAGGGCACCUCCGGGAAAGAGUCAAAUUCCAGGAUUCAGGAAGGAGAAGAGUAUUUGGUCCGGUUAUCACUAGUUACCACAGCCACAAAAUGAAGUCAUGCCUAAUUCUACAAUGUAUCUAAUUUAAAUUGUAAUCCUAACGUUAACCGCAUAUCUGACUUUAGAUUAAGACCAAAAAGCAACAACAAAAAGUAUGCAUUUUUACAAUAGACAAUUAUAACUUUGUGGCUGUGGUAACUAGGGACGACACUGGUUGCCAGAUAUGAGAGGCAACAAGGGCAGUUGUAUAGUCGCUUUGGUUCAAAACUGAAGGUGUCCAACUAAAGCAUGUCUCCAAAAUGCCAAAGGACAUUUCUGUAUGAUUUUGUUGGGUGACAACACUAAAUGUCUGGCUACCCGGAGGAUUGUCCGUCCAUCCGAAUAGAAUCAUUUCCGGUAUAAAGGAUUUUCUUUGUUUAAAAAACUCCAUCAUGUCGGGGGGCAAAGUGCCUAUACAAAUCACGCAUUUGCUCAAUAAUAACCGUUGUGUUUGCAUGGUUCUGUGUUAAUUUACUAAUAACCAGAAUUAGUUUUAUGAAGACGGGGAGGUUUAUUUUGUCCGCAACAAAGGGGGAGGAAUAUUAUCGACGCACAGCGUCUCCAGCUGCCUGCCCAGACUACACAACAAGAGUCUACUUCAGCCGUGAUGGGGGAGAAACCGUUGAAGAUCCUCGCAUGUGGUGAUGUAGAAGGAAGCAUUAAUGCCGUGUUUAACCGCGUCCGGACCAUCCAGAAGAAGAGCGGGCAGUUUGAUCUGCUGCUGUGUGUAGGAAACUUCUUCGGUUCGUCUCCAGGAGCUCAGGCUGAAUGGCAGGAGUACAAAUCUGGAGCAAAGAAAGCUCCCAUCCACACCUACAUCCUGGGAGCAGCCAGCCAGGAAACCCUUCACUUCUUCCCCAGUGCUGACGGCUGUGAGCUGGCAGACAACAUCACCUACCUGGGUCGUCGUGGUGUUUUCACUGGGGCGUCAGGCCUGCAGAUAGCAUAUGUGAGUGGUCGUGAGGGGCAGCAGGAUCCGACUCCAGCUCACUGCUUCUCUCCUAAAGACCUCACUCAGCUGGUGGAGCCACUGAUUAGCAACAACCAGUUCAGAGGAGUGGACAUCCUGCUGACAUCACAGUGGCCCCGCGGAGUCUGGCAGUACGCCAACAGCCCCGUAAGACACUCCACACAACCCUCAUCAGCACCCGACUACCCUCAUCAGCACCCGACUACCCUCAUCAGCACCCGACUACCCUCAUCAGCACCCGACUACCCGUCCUCCGUCUAA